GAGACUCUGAGUUGCAUUCAAGAAGCGCCUGAAAACAUUUUGGCCGGCAUAGUUACUUCCCAGUUUUCUCUCUUGCCCGCAACUCUCCGGGCUUUGGCAGAAAAACCCGUAGAGUCUCGCCUUGAUCUCCUCAACCAUAUCAUCCAGCUAACUGCAUCGCAAAAGCUCCCAGUGCGGAACCUUUUCCCCGUUAUCUUCGCAAUGGCCCGUCCCAAUGUACAAGAAAACGACCAGCCUAAUUUGGGCUCUCUUAGAAAUCGCAUUUCUAUUCCCAACCAGGUCUACCUAAAGGCUCUUUUCCAGACAAGGGGUCUGCCGCGCCAUUACAUGCAAGGUUUUGCUUCCCCUGCAACCUUCCAAAGUUCCAUUCUCUCGAACUUGGACGCCACCGCUGAGCUCUCACGACUUCUUCGGCGAAGACAGAGUAGGGACGUUGUGGAAACUCUGCUCAGUCUAAAAUCAUCGAACCCGUCAAGCCUGCAGGACGUUUGCAGUUGGGCCGUCUAUUCGUAUGUCCUCUCGGCUGGCAACCCCCAAGCCGGUUUGAUGUCUUUACUGCUGACGCUCUCGUCCCAUCGCGAUGGCACUUUGUUGCAGGCAUCUGCCGCUCCGGCCACGCCUUUCCUCACCAACUCCCUCGGUUUUGCAUUCGGAAGUCUGGCGAAGCAUUUUAGCGCUGUACUGAAAGCGAAAACAGCUGUACCAGAGGCUCUGACAAACACUGCUGCUGUCUUGCAAAAUUUAGCCAUCGACAGAGAAGGACGAAUCUCAGCUGCUCUAAAUAGGCUUGCUCCAGAUUCCAGUCAGGCUCUUCUCUUUCCUGGCAGUCAUUCGCCCAGCUUUACUUCCACUUACCCUUUCACUGUUUUAGGUGCUCGGAACGAGGUCCCUGCGUCACAGUCCUUGUCAGAGUUGGCCACGAAGGAAAAGUCGCAAACGGAUACGAAUGACCCAAUGCAACUCGCAAAGGAAUCUGUCACCUAUCUGGCCGACACUCUAAUCAGCGGGAAGUUGCCAGAGGAAACAACAGCAGCUGUUAUCGAGAGUGUCAGAAGAAUUUGGGGCCCUGGACGUGUUGAUCUGAUCCUUGGCCAUCUCGCGGAUUUGCAGGGCAUCAAGCUCAUCGAUCAGGUAGUCGACAGCAUGCCACAGGAUUUCAAAGAACGUCGACUACCCUUCCGAGCACUCUCAAGACUCAUCAAGUAUCACGCCAUGACUGCACAAGAACGCUCAUCUUCUGAUUUGGGUUAUUCGUCCCUGGUGGAAGAUCUUAGAAAUUCCCCUCCGGCACACUUAGCCCUCUGCAUGAAUGGACCCCACGUGUCAACCCUCUUCGAUACCUGGCCGAAGGAGACACUUCAAGAUGCCCUUGGUAUAAUCGAUCAUACCACGGGACGGACCCAGACAAUCCUUCGACUUCAGAUGGCAGCCGCCUUGAUACAUCGAAAUCUUCUGAAGGAGGCGACUUCCCUCCAACAGAUUACGGGUCCUAUUCCUUUCAACUACCUUGCGGGCAGUCUUCAACAUCCCCUUACUCGAGAUGCAUUUCUGGCCUCCGCUGACUACAUGCGCAAGGUGGAUGAGGUGCACCUGCCGAAUUUUGUUGAUGCCACUUUGCGAAACGCGGGCGCGUGGAUUCCCGAGUGUAGAGCAUAUUUCGUAUCCCCGCUCUAUCCUCCAUCCUAUACCCGCGCCAAUAGGAGCUCCGUCGUGGACUUGAUCUCCGCCGCCGUCAAUGACGCCCACGUAGAUUUGCAAGACUCCUGUCAGCCGGCCACCCUUCGUCUGCUCCGCGAAUGUGAAAAGGACAAUAAGGAGGUCGGUUUGUGGCACAGCCUAUCCACUGACAAGUGUUAG